AGCCAGGCUGAAGUGCAACGGCAUGAUCAUAACUCACUGCAUCCUCCAGCUCCUGGGCUCAAUUGAUCCUCCUGCCUUAACCUCCUCAGUAGUGGAGACUAUAGGCAUGUGCAACCAUGCCUCGCUUACUUGCUAAGUUGCCAAUGCUGGUCUUGAACUGCUGGCCACAAGUGAUGCUCCUGCCUGGCCUCCCAAAGUGCUAGAGUACUAGGUGUGAGCCACUGCACCCAGCCUUCACUAGGCUCCUUACUGUGAAACUGCCUUUAGCAUCCUCAUGCCAUUUCCCAGUAUUGGUCCCCUGUUCAUGCUUUCAUCUACUAGUUAAUUAUUCUAAAAUAACAACAGCAUUAUUUAUGUCUUACUCCAACUCCAUGGCAGAUGUGUAUAAAAUUCCAGCAUUUAGGAAUAGUAUUUGCUAACUCCCAAGACUUGACUCUCCCUCUUGCUCUGACCUUACUUACCUAGUUGACUUCCUGUAGCACUGAGUUGUGUGCUGGCUGAGUUCCUGUUCCCUAGCCUGCUUUCUUUCCCUUGACCUUCCUGAAAUGCUGCUCACCUGAUUUUUGACUGUGAUCUAUGUGCCACCUCCUGUGUGAAGCCUGUUGAACGAUCCUUCCUUAAUGGAAACUUUGAUUCUAGGAGUUACCACAUUCUGUUUUAUGUGGAUCUGUUAGCUCCUUCUAGGUUUCAAGCUCUUUGAAACUGUGAUUGAAUUUUCACACCUUUGCUUUCCUCUAGGGGUCUAGAUUGGGACCCCGAAUCAUGAUAGAGCCUUGUGUAGUACUGAAUUGCCUUGAACAGAAUUAAGGGACAUUGGCACCAAACUUGAUUUUGCUAUUCUUUGAGCCUGAGCAGGGUAGAAUGGCUGAAGAAACUGUGAUCCCCCCAUCCAUUAUAUUCUUUAUUUCUGAACUACUCUGGAAUUUUUUGCCUCUUUUUGUUUCUAUGCAUUUUUUAUACUUUUAAACUACCCUUGUUUUUUCUUCCUGUCUCACUUUUCUUCUCAUGCUCAUAUGCAAGCUCAGUCAUCCAUCUCUCUUUUUCACCUUUCCUUCCUCAUAUAUGUUUCUUAAAAUAUCUUUUUCUCUUCUAACCUCAUUUCCUCUAUCAGCCUCCUGAACAGAAAAUGGUAGUGCUAAUAUUUUAAAAAGUGGGGGAGGACUAGAAAUCUGUAUGGAAUGUAAUUCACUUUUAUUGCUUUUAAAUUAAAUGAAAAGCUUUUGCCCUUGUUUCUAUUCUACUCAGAAGGAUUUUGGACUAAAUCCUUAAGCCUGCCAUAUGGAAAUAACUGGGCUAGAUGGCUGCUAUCUAAUCUAAGCAUUUAAUUGAAACAUUUGAAAUGGCUUUUGGUUCAAGAAAACAUAGGUUGACACUAAGCUUUGUUUUAGCAAAGGUUUGGGAAGGUUCUAAUCUGUAGUAUGUAUACUUUGAUAAAUUUCAUAGACUAGAGCAACAGAUUACAAUGUAGUUUGUUCUUCCAACAUAAAACUAUUUUAAUCCUAGUUAUAAUUUAACUGAAGACUGGAUUUACUCACUGGCUUGUUGAAACUGUAGAUACCAACCACAACCCUGUCAUUUAAACACCAUUUAGAAAUCAUAAAGAGAAAUCCAAAAGGAGAGCUCAGUGCUGCAAGAUGAGAUUUGAUGCCCUGAAGAAACUCUCUCUGAAAUUCGCCAAAGACCUGUGGGACUUAAAAUAUCUUCUUGUUUCCUACCAGCUAGAUAUGGCAGCAUGAGAACCAUUUAUUAUAAAUCAGGAUAGAUAUUUUACCAAAUGUUGAUCUUUGUUUGGAUAGUUUGUUCAUAUUUUCAACUAGGAAAGUUAGUAUGGUAAUAUGGUAGUCAUUUAUCCCUCAUUCAGCAUUUUAGCAAAUAUUUCUUGAACACUGGCCAUGUGAAGUCACUACAGUGAAUGUUUCUGGUAAUAAAAAUAAGAAUUAAAUUUGAUGUUUGAUCAUAAGAAGUAGAAGAACCGUGAUAUUAUAUUAUGAGUGCCAUAGAAAACCUGCCAUUAUAAAGUGGUCUGAGGAAUAAAUGCUUGCAUGGGGUGCAGUGGGUCGGCUAGAGAAGACUUUAUAAGGAAAGUGGAAUAUGAGCUUUGAUGCCUAGCCAGUUGUCCAUAUGUGAAGACCAAGGGUGGGGAGGGGGUGGAUUCUGGACAGCUGGAACAUUGUUAACAAAAAUCUCAGAAAUUAUACAACAUGGAAUAUGAAUGAGAAAUACAGAUCAUUGCUUAGAUUUUAGUUUUAUGCAAAUUAAAGAGAAAAGUUAGAGACAAAGUCAUUGGGUCUAGAAUUUCAGCUUAAGCUUUGAUAGGUAGUGGAGAAUAUUUUGUCAUUAUUCUGCUCUUUAAACAAACUUCAGAGAUGAUUAAUCCUGAUUGUAAAGGAAGAGAAAUUGUUUGUUUGGAAGACCAAACAGUUGGGGGUUAUAAUAAUGGUCUAGUAACAGGUAAGAAGAUCUGCACAAGGCUGGGAAGAGUAGGAUUAGAAUGGGGUGGGUAGUGAAAUUAAAAACAUCAUGUAGUGGAAAUUUCUGGGAUUUAGAAACUGUUUGGAAGAGGAAGAUAACUGUAAAGAGCCAAACCUGAGAACUAACCCUUCUAAAAAUGUCAGACAAGUCAAGUGCUGCAGCUGGUGUGUGCUAAAAGAAUAACAGGCCAAGCUAUGAUAGCAACUGGUGGAGUGAUAACCGGCCUGGCCGCCUUGAAAAGGCAAGACUCCGCCAGAUCACAGCAGCAUGUCAACCUCAGCCCAUCUCCUGCUACCCAAGAGAAGAAACCUGUCAGGCGCCGGCCCCGGGCAGAUGUCGUGGUUGUUCGUGGUAAAAUCCGGCUUUAUUCCCCAUCUGGAUUUUUUCUUAUUUUAGGAGUGCUCAUCUCCAUUAUAGGAAUUGCCAUGGCCGUUCUUGGAUAUUGGCCCCAAAAAGAACAUUUUAUUGAUGCUGAAACAACACUGUCAACAAAUGAAACUCAGGUCAUUCGGAAUGAGGGUGGUGUGGUGGUUCGCUUCUUCGAGCAGCAUUUGCAUUCUGAUAAGAUGAAAAUGCUUGGUCCAUUCACCAUGGGGAUUGGCAUUUUCAUUUUCAUUUGUGCUAAUGCCAUUCUUCAUGAAAACCGUGACAAAGAGACCAAAAUCAUACACAUGAGGGAUAUCUAUUCCACAGUCAUUGACAUUCACACGCUAAGAAUCAAGGAGCAAAGGCAAAUGAAUGGCAUGUACACCGGCUUGAUGGGAGAAACAGAAGUAAAACAGAAUGGGAGCUCCUGUGCCUCCAGAUUGGCAGCAAAUACGAUCGCCUCUUUCUCGGGUUUUCGGAACAGUUUUCGAAUGGACAGCUCCGUGGAGGAGGAUGAACUUAUGUUAAAUGAAAGUAAGAGUUCUGGGCAUCUUAUGCCCCCUUUGCUCUCUGACAGCUCUGUCUCUGUCUUUGGCCUCUAUCCACCUCCUUCCAAGACAUCUGAUGAUAAGACCAGCAACUCUAAGAAAUGCGAAACUAAGUCAAUUGUGUCAUCAUCCAUCAGUGCUUUUACAUUGCCUGUGAUCAAACUUAAUAACUGUGUUAUUGAUGAGCCCAGUAUAGAUAACAUCACUGAAGAUGCUGACAACCUCAAAAGCAGGUCAAGGAAUUUGUCAAUGGAUUCCCUUGUGGUUCCUUUGCCCAACACCAGUGAUUCCUUCCAGCCUGUCAGCACAGUGCUACCAAGGAAUAAUUCCAUCGGGGAGUCAUUGUCGAGUCAGUACAAGUCAUCUAUGGCUCUCGGGUCUGGGCCUGGACAGCUCUUGUCUCCUGGGGCUGCUAGAAGACAGUUUGGGUCCAAUACAUCCUUGCAUUUGCUGUCAUCACACUCAAAGUCCUUAGACUUAGACCGGGGUCCCUCCACUCUAACUGUUCAGGCAGAACAACGGAAACAUCCAAGUUGGCCUAGGUUGGAUCGGAACAACAGCAAGGGGUAUAUGAAACUAGAGAACAAAGAGGACCCAAUGGAUAGGUUGCUUGUGCCCCAAGUUGCCAUCAAAAAAGACUUUACCAAUAAGGAGAAGCUUCUUAUGAUUUCAAGAUCUCACAAUAAUUUGAGUUUUGAACAUGAUGAGUUUUUGAGUAACAACCUAAAGCGGGGAACUUCUGAAACAAGAUUUUAGUGUUAAAAGAAUAUAUCAUUUUACAAGGGUAUAUAUUUAAAAACUAUUUUCACUGGUGUUUCCUUCUUAGAGCAUUGGCUGUAAGCCUUUUUUUAAAUCAAAUGGUUUGUAGUGUAUUAGAAUUGGCUGCUUAGUUCUGUAAUGAAGAUGGUUGUAUGUUUGGGUUACUUGUGACUGCAGUACUCUAUAUUAUCACAUAUGAUUUUAUUUUCUCUUCCUUUGAAAGCAUGAUCUCUUUUAGUAAUAUGAAUGCAAAAUACUUGCAUCCAAAUUAAAACUUAUUUUCUAAGUUCUUUGAUUGCCCUAUUUAUAAAAUGAAAUGUCCAAUAUGGAAAGCAUAGGGUACCAAAGUAUGGACCGGGAGGACAAAUUCAAUCCCAAUAUGUAUUAUGGAUGACUAUGAGUGCAAACUUUAGGAUGUGAUUUUCUGAAUAAUUGUUCUUUGUAGGAUUUGGUUAUUUAAAAUGAAAGAGAUCUAGUUUUAGUGUGAGCUCAAUGAUGUGAAUUGGUUAAGUUCAUUGUGAAUCCUGAGUUUUAGUUAGGUAGUAUUUUUUUCAACAUCAGUUCUGUUUUCAGUGAUGUUAUAUCAAGAAACAAUAUAUUCAAGAGCCAUCGCUGACAAUGCCAGAUAUACUUACGGACAAAUAUCAAAAUGCAAUUAUAGUAGCUAUAACUUUAGGUAUUUAGAAUCAAAAUUCACAAGCUGACUUGAUAAAACAAAUAUACUUUGUAGAAAUACUAUCCUGAAAUAAUUAUACACAUGAAGGCAAUGUUGACUAAUGAAUGAAGAUACAUUACAUGCUAGUUAAUGCUAACUAGUCUCAGUACCUUUUUCUAGCCAUCUGUUACUUCCAAUAGCCCCUCAUUCCCACAUCCUAUUUUCCCCCAAUAUGUUUUAGAUCCUGGGAUUUGGAAAACAAUCAGCUAACCUUGACAUUUCUUUUCAUCUUCACAUGCCACUAGCUUGGUAAUUCAAAAACAUUUAGUUCUUGAUAAAUUGCCUUGAAGUUUUACCUUGUGCUGGAAAGCCUUAUGAUAACUCCAAAGACUUUCUUAUGGUAUAAUACAUUUUUAGGAUUGUGUUUCUUAGUUACUGAAGAUAAUAAAUAUUAAAAUGGAUGUUUCCAUCAGAAAAUUUUCAUGUUUUCCUUUAAGGUAAAAUAAUUGUAAGAACUGUUAAAUAGAAUACUCAGGAAAUUCUACAGGUUUCUCCCAAUACCUAAGCAUUUCUGAACAUCAGUGUUGCGGUUACGGAAGAGCAGGAGGAUCCAUUUGCGUUGCUUCCCAAAAUUCCACCUCGCGUUUGCAUCACAAGUUUCCCUCAACUGAGACACAGUUUUGCUUGUUAGAACAUUAAGCCUGUGUAUUGUAAUAGAGUGGACUCAAUAUUUUAUGAUAAAGCAUUUAAUAAACUUCUGUUAAUAGAAGUUUGUGUUCUUCACACCUUUGCUACUGCUUUUUAAAUAAAAUGUACAUUUCUGCUUAAA